CCCAAAGUCCGUUCCACACGAGCGCGCGUCCCGUCCGACGUCUUUCGCGGUCCGGUGUUUAUUGUGCCAAGCGCGCCGUUUUUUUUUAUAUAAAUAAAUCAACGGGAAAAAAUGUAAAAAAAUUAUUACGACCGGUAUACAGUGGUUGUGGUAGAUUUAUGGUGGUUUGAGAGUGGCGCGAUGACGAUUAAGUUGAUGGUGAUGAUGGUAUUGGUAGGAUGGUCUGGUUUGGAUAUUCAAAUGGUCUAGGAAUUCAAAUAUAAAAAAUAUAAUGUUCACCUAACCACCGGCUCAGUGAACCUAAACUCACCAUGAUCAUCACGGCGAUGGCUUCACACACCUCCCCUUCCGCCACUGCAUUCCCACCACCACUGCCAAGCCUACUAGUCAACUCCUCCCACCACAACCACACCAACAACGUGACCUCGCUGGAGAACCCCAAUCCACACUGGACAGACCUCUUACUCCUCGUAGUAAAGGGAUUCAUAUUCUCCUCGAUCAUCUUGGCAGCCGUUCUGGGAAACGCUUUGGUGAUCAUCAGCGUUCACAGGCACAGGAAACUGCGCGUCAUCACGAACUACUACGUGGUGAGUCUGGCCAUGGCCGACAUGUUGGUAGCACUGUGCGCGAUGACUUUUAACGCAAGCGUCGAACUCACCGGCAACUGGAUGUUCGGUACUUUCAUGUGCGACGUCUGGAACAGUUUCGACGUGUACUUUUCCACGGCAUCCAUCCUGCAUUUGUGCUGUAUCAGUGUGGAUCGUUACUACGCGAUAGUGAGGCCUCUGGAAUACCCCAUAACUAUGACACAUAAAACGGUUUCCUUUAUGCUGGCAAAUGUUUGGAUGCUUCCAGGACUUAUAAGCUUCAUGCCCAUUUUUCUUGGAUGGUACACGACCGAUGAGCAUCUGGAAUACAAAACGAAACAUCCAGAAAUGUGUAUUUUCGUGGUGAACAAAUACUAUGCCAUAAUAUCCAGUUCUGUGAGCUUCUGGAUUCCUGGAGUUGUCAUGGUGACGAUGUACUGUAGGAUAUACAAAGAGGCGAUAAGGCAAAGGAAGGCCUUGUCGAGAACUUCAUCGAAUAUUAUACUGAAUUCGAUACACCAGCACAGAACGUCGUACAGGGAGAGAUAUAGCGACAGAUAUAGUGAGCAGUUUUUGAAUCCAGAUGCGGAAAUGACUACUGUGGGGCAAAUUAAUAAUGGUAGGAGGAGUACUAGUACGGGUUCGGCGGUGUCUUAUGGUACUACGAUUACUGAGUACAAUACAGCGAUGAACAGUAGGGAUAGCAGUAAGGCAGCCACCGAGCUAAACAUAAACGGUACAACGAUAAGACAGCAAUCCAAAAGUUGGAGAGCUGAACACAAAGCAGCGAGAACACUAGGAAUAAUAAUGGGCGUGUUCAUUCUAUGUUGGUUGCCGUUUUUUCUAUGGUAUGUAAUCACAACGCUCUGCGGUGAACACUACUGUCCAACUCCCGACUGGCUCAUAGGCAUGCUGUUCUGGGUGGGCUACUUCAAUUCAGCCCUUAAUCCUUUGAUCUACGCCUACUUCAACAGGGACUUCCGGGAAGCCUUCAAGGACACCCUCCUUUGCGCCCUGCCCUGUUGUUUCGGACGCUGGAAGACACCUCCCAGGUUCCUCUAGCCACAGGAUUGCUCACCCGGCGUGAGGGACGAAAGGCUGUGAUAUAUUAAUCUUACUCAGUUUGGUUAGACCGAAAAAAAAACAGUUAUUAUAAAGAAAAUUUGAUAAAGUUACUCAAAAACGUUUUUUAAAAAAUCUAAUUUUUAUUUUAUUUUACAAUAUACUGGUGGUCAGAUAAGCAAAACUUCCACUGUACCGAGGAAUAAUAAUCCCCACCGUUAUAUGGAUGCGAAAACUGGGUGCCGUAUUGCAAAUACUCGUCAGCGAGUAAUGGGAGUAGUAGUAGUAGGUAAGAUAAAUAAAACUUUAGAAAAAUGAUAUGGAAUUAUUAUAUUUGUUUUGACGUUUUUGAGUAACUUUAAAAAACUUUCAAGAUUGUAUUUUUUGUUGCAAAUUUGGAAUUCCUGGCUUUUGCUUAAAGAAUUAAUAUGUAUUUUUGAAAAUCAUUAAAUAUUUAAGUAUAGUGUAUUUUAUAAUUAGAAAAUUCUGCUCCUUUCAAUAUCAAUGUACCUACAAAUUAUGAAUAACUGGCUAUUUUAAAUUCAGAUCAAUAUUCACUGAAUCAUCUUUAAAAUAGAAUAGUAAA